CCUUCAAGCUAGGGUAAAGAUUCAAAAACAAAACAAUUUAAGAAGAAGAAUGGCUGGACGGAGGUAAGAGGCCAAGAAAAAUAAAGUAGAAGAUGAAGAAACUGUCCCAUUAAAUGUUUAAAAAUUUAACAACUUUUUUGCCACAGAUUCCGGUACCCGUGUCCCUGGUCGCGGUGUUUCAUAUUUCGCCAACAGCCGUGUAGUGAUUUUGACUAGUAAUGAGGAAUAUUGAAAUAAAAGCUAAAGUAAGAGAUCUGACAAAAUUAAUGGACAAAGUCAGAUCACUUGAACCACAAAAAUGCGAGAUCAUUAAACAAGAAGACACCUUUUUCAAUACUUCCAAUGGAAGGCUGAAAUUACGAAAAUUCGAGAAUGGAACCGGUGAACUAAUAUUCUAUAAUAGACCAGACACAGAGGGUCCUAAAAUGUGUAGUUAUGAAAAAUCAGAUGUAUCCACAGAAAAUUUUAAUAGUCUCCACUCUGUUCUAGAAAGAUCAUUGGGAGCAAAGACAACUGUGAAAAAAACUAGACAGCUGUUUAUAGUAGACCAGACUAGAGUACAUGUGGAUUCUGUUGACAAGUUAGGAAAUUUCAUGGAAUUAGAGGUGGUAUUAAAUGACAAUCAAACACCUGAAGAUGGAGAACAAAUUGCUUUCAACUUGAUGACAAAACUUGGUGUUGAGAAGGAAGAUUUGAUAUCUGGUGCUUAUGCAGAUUUGUUGAACAAAAUUUAAUGACAUUUCUGCAAGAGGAAUCAAAAUUACAUAAAGAUUCUUCUUCAUGAUGCUUGACAUAAAUUGACCUACCAUCUGAUAUUGUGCAUUAGGUGAGAAUAUCAUAUUUUAUUUUGUAGUUUCACAUCUCAGUUUCUCAAUAAAUUAUACAUUCAAUCAAUAGUAGGUACCUAUAUUAGGUAUCUGAAUGUAUCCUGG